AAAUCUUUCAUUUAUAGUUGCAUCUUCAAUAUUAUUUUACCUUGAGGAAUAUUAUUGGACAUUUAGAUGAAAUUAUUCAUUUUAACUUGGCGUUAUUAUAUGCCUUUCUGAUUGAAAAAAAUUUAGACUUCAGAAGCAUGCCAUAUAUGUACUUGUUACCAUUUGUUUAACUUUCCCUUUGUAUGAUAGCAUAACAAAACACUUUUAGUACUUAGGCCAUUGUAGAAGUAGAACUGUUAAUUAGGCAAUUAUAAUUUUUGGUACUUAUUAUCACUUUCUCUUCUUUUCUGGAAGAGAAAUUAUUCUCACAUGAUUUUGACAUAUUAAUGCAAGUGCUUCAAACUUCGUAAGGUGCUAUUUUCAGACUUCCUGGAGUACUCCAAUGUGAUAUCGACCUCUCUCCUAAGAUACAUCCUGGCCAACAUGGAAGUUUAUUUAUUUAGUUUUUUCUUUUUCUUUUUUCAUGGAAUUACGCCAGAGACUAGAGUGUUUACUCUAUAACUCUUAUGGACUUGCUUGGGCAGUUCACUGCUUUGUUAGGCAAUUAUGCUAGAAAAUAUAGAAAUGAAUUAUCCAUGUCAAAGUCUUAUUAUUAGGUGAAUUUUAAGAAGCAUGGCACUAACUUUCUAGAAUGGAUAUGAAGGUGCAAGGGAAAGAUCGGCUAUACGUUAAAUUUGUUGCAGAGCAGCUGGGCCUGGAUGGUUCAUAUGUUCCUCGUACUUAUAUUGAACAGAUUCAGCUGGAGAAACUUGUAAAUGAUGUUAUGGCACUGCCAGAUGAUUUAAAGACAAAACUCAGCAUAGAUGAUGAUUUUGCUGCAAGCCCUAAAGAAGCUCUUUCCCGAGCAUCAGCAGAUAGAAGAAUGAAGCAUAUCGGCCUGUACUCUCAAUUUUUCUACAAUUUGAUAUAUUUUCCAUCUAAACUAAGAGAAAAUAAGAGAUGGAAAAGAAAAUAUAUGAAUAAGUGUGGAAAUUGA